CCACUCCCCUCUUUAGCUAUUGAUAUCCCCCUGCAUGAUUCUCCAAGACGAUGUAGACCAGAUCAUGGCAAAGAGCCACAGCUUUCUAGACAUGACUGCGCUCGUUUAGAACAUCCGCUGCCUGCACGAUACAUGGACAGCGCAUUGAGAGAGUAGAAGUGAGUGAAAUAAAAGGCUAUAUAAUUUAUCUAAUUCUGGGAAAGAACCCUGCGCAUAUAACACAUUUCCAUGCGCUCGUGUGAAAGGUAAACAGGGGAGUCGUAUAUUAUAUCUGUAUUUGGAGAAAAAAUGAACUAAUAAUGGUCAAAAAACGAACAGAUGACAUGACAGACAACUUCAAGAACGAGAUGAGAGUGAAAAGGCUGAUGGUUGCAUUCCGUUACCCCAAAGACGCACUGAAGAACGUCAGAGAAUGAAAAGAGGUCCAGAAUACAGCCACACAGAUUGACAAACUCAACAGGUUGACCACUGAAAGUCAAGAUGGCCCACCUUUUCCUAGCCAGCAAAAUCUCUAUUCCAGAAGACCCCAUCAGCAAAAACGCACCGAAAGUCCCCAAAAGCACCAUGAAAAUGCCCACAUCAACCUCUGAGAAAGUCACGACAGAGAAAUCCAACAACAACAACAACAACAACAACAAGAAGGACCGUAGCGUUGUUGUGACGACCGUCCCGUUAAUCAACGAGGUGCAGUUGACAGCGGCCACCGGCGGGGCGGAGAUGUCGUGCUACCGGUGCACCGUGCCGUUUGGCGUGGUGGUCCUUAUCGCCGGUAUUGUGGUAACAGCCGUGGCGUACACGUUCAACUCCCACGGCUCCACCAUCUCGGUGCUGGGGCUGGUUCUGCUGUCGGCCGGGCUGGCCCUCCUGGGGUCCAGUGCUGUCUGCUGGAGGGUCCGGCUGGGGAGGAAGAAGGACUGGAGGAGGGAGAGUCAGACGGCCCUCAUGGCCAACCAUGGACUCUGCGUGGUCUGAGUUCUGAGGGAAGAGAGGGACUGUUAAAUGGAAGUUUGAACAAUUUGAAGUCAAGGUGCCUGUGUGGCCUGAGGGGAAGACUUGGACAGUUGGACUGUUAAAUUGAACAAUUUGAAGUUUGAACAAAAAGGUAUCGAAUGACAAGAGACUGGAGAGAGAUGAGGGAUGUCUGAGGUGUUUGGGUAUGAAGGACUCACACAUUGUCAAAAACAAAUGCUUAGCUGAAGGACUAGAAUUGGCUAGACAAUCUAGCUGUUUUGUAGGUGAGAUCCUAUCUGGAAGGACUAGAAUUGGCUAGACAAUCUAGCUGUUUUGUAGGUGAGAUCCUAUCUGGAAGGACUAGAAUUGGCUAGACAAUCUAGCUGUUUUGUAGGUGAGAUCCUAUCUGG